GCCAGAUGGGAUUUUCGGGUGUUUGUUGAAAAUGCAAGAGCAUGUCCUAUUGGCCAUCCUCGAAUAUAGGGGACCAAACGGGACAGAAGGUAAGCCGGGGGCAGAGAUAUCAAUGAAGCCGAGCUUCGGCUUGUUCCCGGCAUCUACUGAAUUCCUUUCUAAUCUCUACCCGCGAACUGGAAAAGUUUGGUGCUUUUUACGCCCAAAAGACCAUCGGGUCCCUCGGGUCAGCGUCAGAGACCGCUAGAGGGUAAAUCAAGGAUAAAUCAUCAUACAAUUUACGCACAAUGUCUUCAUUCACUGCGGGCUGUUAUCCUCCAGCUUUGGAUGAUGAUCUCGAACGACAACACUUGGUGCAGGUUAUCAAAGACUGGUCUGUCGCGAACGGCCUGACCGUCCGACCUCCACCCUCGUUAGCAGGCAAUGACCUUGAGGGAAUCUUGGCCGUGAACGCGCCUGUCACUCUCUUUCCAAGUCCUUUUCCGAAGGGUUGCUUUGAGGAGGCGAGGUCCAUCCAGACCACGUACAAUGAGCUCUAUGCCCACAUCAGCCAGGACGAGGAGUUUCUCAGUGGUCUCGUACAAGAGGUUGCUGGUGGCGAUGACUUCAUUGCCAGCCUCUGGGAUGUGCAUUUGCGGGUGAAGGCCGAGGGUUAUGUCCAGAAUCUUGCCCUCGGCCUGUUCCGUUCCGAUUACAUGGUCCACCAGGAUCAAGGGGAGCUGCAAAUCAAACAGGUCGAGUUCAACACUAUCGCCUCUUCGUUUGGUGGUCUCUCGGUUCAGACAUCCUUAUUGCACAAGUACCUCGCACAAACCGAGUAUCCAUUCCUCAAGGAUCCAAUGCCAGAAUCAUCACUUGACCUCCCAGACAACGACAGCGCGCAGGGUCUGGCGGCCGGCCUACGCGCUGCCUUCCGAGCAUACGGAGAAUCCGCCCUGGGCCACCCGACCUGCGUCCUGUUCCUCGUCCAAGACGGCGAGCGCAACAUCUUUGAUCAGCGCCACCUGGAAUACGCUCUCCAAGCCGACUCCAUCCCCGUCUUCCGCCUCCCAUUCUCCCAAAUUCUGGCCCACACCAGCCUCAACCCGUCCUCCCCGAAACGCCAGCUCCUCUACCACCCGCCACACAACCCUUCGCGCACAUUUGAAGUCGCCGUAGCCUACCUGCGCGCGGGCUACGGCCCUUCCGACUACGGCACGCCGUCCGCUUGGGAAGCGCGCUAUCGCAUCGAGCGCUCUGCCGCCAUCGCCUGUCCCUCGGUGCUGACGCAGCUGGCCGGCAUGAAGAAGGUGCAGCAGGUGCUGGCGACGCCGGAGUCGGUCUCGUCCUCGCCGUCGGCCCUGCGCCGCUUCGUGCCCGACGACGACCGGUUCGCUGCCCUCUGGAAGACGUUUGCAAACAUCUACCCCUUGGACGCCGCCUCGCCCGCGGGGCAAGAGGCCCGCCGCCUGGCGACCGACCCGGAGGAGUGCAAGAAAUACGUCAUGAAGCCCCAGCGCGAGGGCGGCGGGAACAACUUCUACAGGACCGCCAUCCCCGAGCGGCUUCAGGAGAUACCCCCGGAGCACUGGGGAACGUACAUCCUCAUGGAACUGAUUACUCCGCCGCCGUUUUCGAAUAUCAUACUCAGAAACGGAAAGCUGGAGCAGGGCGGGGUAAUCUCCGAGUUGGGCAUCUACGGGACGUGCUUGUGGGAUCAGCAAAGUGGGAGAGUGUUGCAUAACGAGGAGGCGGGGUACUUGUUGCGCACCAAGGGAGAUAAGAGUGAGGAAGGAGGGGUAGCGGCUGGGUUUGGCUGUAUGGAUUCUUGUCGCCUAGUUUGAGGAUAUGACAAGAGCAGGGAAACGGCGCGUACAUAAGAGAAGAAAGUAACUGAACAUAUGGGCGGUCUUUUGUCAUUAAGAGGUGAUAGAGGUGGUGUUAGAGGAAUAGAGAGCAUUCAUUGGAUAGACUUUAUGUACAUACAUACAUCGUCCAGUCACUCAAGCACACAGGCCCGUGCGACCGAUAUAUGCCAGGGUUUACGACAGCUACAGCCUUCCCUCUAGAUUAUGAAUACUCCGUCCGCAUUCCGGGAGUGU